AUGGAGGCACAAGGGAAGGCUCGGCAAGCGCGAGCGUGGCAUGGGCGGGCCGGUGCUCCGCCCAGCGCGUCGGCUUCCCAACUGUUCGGCUCGCGCCUGGCCCUCACCUCAGCAGAGUCCGUUGAGGAUGACGAGAUGAACCCGGGCGUGCGGGUGGCCGCCUUCCUUGCCACGCGCAACGAAGUGCGGCACGUGGUCGCCACCGCUCCCCUCGCUCCACCUCCCCCCACCGCUUCUGGCGUGCCCAAACCCGAGGGGUUCGGGCCGGUGUCGGAGAAGCCUGUGGUGGUGCAGCACAGCCACCGGGCCGAGAUUCAGCACCUCGCCUUCAUCCACACCAGCGGAGGAGAGGGUUUGCUGGGCUCCACCGAUGGCCGCGGUGCAGCCAUCGUCUCCCGAUUCUCCCUCUCCACCCUGGCCUCUCACACCGGCGAGGGGUCGACGUCGGAGGUGCUGGCGCCGUCGCAGGCCAUGUACCUGCCGCCGGCCUCGCCCGUCCUGGUGCGGGUGAACUACUUCGGAAAGAGUCUGGAGUGGUUCGAGGAGGAUCGGUGCGUGCGUCAGGUCCACACCCUCGGAUGCCCCACGCAGGCGGCGUUCGUGCGGGGUCAACCGAACCUGGUGGCCGUGGCCGAAGGUAACGACUUGGCUCUGUGGGACCUCCGAUCGUCCGAGAAGAACGGCUGCGCCAAACGCAUCACCGUGGCGGGAGGGCCAUUGCACGGACUGGCAAUCGGCGAGGGCAAGAACGCCGGUGCGAUCGCAGUGGGCGGAGCUGGUCGCAGUGUGACGCUGGUCGACACCCGCAAGUGGACGCCGCGCAACCGUGCCACCAACCUCACCAAAUACGAGAUCUCGUCUGUUCACCUGUCGAGCGUGGCGGAGGACGUGUGCUACGCCGGUGGCGUGGACUCGGAGGUGGUGUGCCGCAAUGUGGGCGCCAAGGUUGUUCAGAAGAAGGAGAAUCCGGAGAAGAUCUACGGUGGUGGCCACUACGACGGCUUCCGCGGCGACGGGCGAUGGGUCGGCCUCCAGUGCACCACCCUACCCACCACCUCAUCGUCUUCAUCAUCAUCUUCUUCAUCGUCGUCGUCCGUGGUAUCAGGAGGCGAGGAGGUGCUGGUAGGCCACACAGAGCUGGGGAGCCUCUACAUGCUCCUCCGUCCCAACGAUAAAGAGAAGGAGUGA